GGCUGCUGCUGCUGCUGCUGCUGUGCUCCUCCUCUGGCAACAGCUGGCAGAGCAAGAGACACGAGUCGAGAUCUGAAGGAGAAGCAUCUCAUGUGGACGAGGGGAGCGGAAGAGACAGCGUAGGGAUGCAAAGUGAAGGUUGUGAUGUUGGAAUCUCUUUUUUUUUUUGUCUCACGUUGAGUUUUGAGAGCCAGAGAGGGGGACGCUUACGGUCUGAGUUGCGUCAGUAGCUGAUUGAGAGAGAACAGAGUCGCUCAAGAAGAUAACGUGGGAAAGAGAAGUUGACAGUGGACGUGUACAGGAUGAUCUUGGGAAGUGUAAACCGACCGGGGCCGGUCCCUGCCUUCCUCAGGAGCCCGUCUGUCAUCCCACCCCCACUGGACAUGAAGCCCUUCCUCCAGUUCCCCAUGGAGUCGCCUCACCCGGCCACCAUCGGCCUCUUCCACAACUUUAACACGAUGGACCCUGUCCAGAAGGCUGUGAUGACACACACCUUUGGACCGCCUAUGGUGAAAACAAAGCGCCCAAUCAUCUCCUGUAACGUCUGUCAAAUACGCUUCAACUCCGAGAGCCAGGCAGAGGCCCACUACAAGGGGAACCGCCAUGCUCGGAGGGUGAAGGGGAUCGAGACAUCCAAAACAGCUCGUCUCCAAGAUGGCGACAAGCAGCACCCUCCCCCUACUGGUUCACCCUCCCCAUCAGGCCCCUCGCCAUCUAGCCCUGAGCCUGAUCCUAAUAAGCACGAUGACACCCAAUCCUGUUCCAACUCUAACAAGUCACCUUUGACCCCCAGCCGCCUUCCAACACCCACACUGAGCUCUGCAGACGCAGAAUGUCCCCUCUUGCCUUCUGUCAGCACACCUAUGCCACCCUCUCCCUCCCCCUCGGUGGCUCUCAGUACCCCCCCUGCAGAUCCAGCAGCCGCUGGUCUUCCUGACACCCCGUCACCAGCACCCAGCCCUUCUUCAGGAGAGUCAGAGGAAGAGAAAGCCAAGAAGCUUCUCUACUGUUCCCUGUGCAAAGUAGCUGUUAAUUCCCUGUCACAACUGGAGGCACAUAACAAAGGUACCAAACACAAAACCAUUCUGGAGGCUCGGAGUGGACUGGGACCCAUUAAAGCGUACCCACGUCUGGGUCCUAAACCCAGCCCUGAGCAGGGAGGGGAGCUGUCUUCUGACCCCAACACUCAGGAACGCACCUUCCACUGUGAGAUCUGCAAUGUCAGAGUCAACUCAGAGCUGCAGCUUAAACAGCAUAUAUCCAGCCGGAGGCAUCGGGAUGGAGUUGCAGGAAAACCCAACCCUCUUCUCAGUCGGCACAAGAAACGCACAGACUUUAUGGAACUUCCAAAAACUCUGGGGGCCGGACUUUUACCAAAUCCUCUGGCUGUUGCUGCAGCAAUGGCAGCCGCAGCCUCCUCCAAUCAACUGGCGCUACGUCCUCCUUGUCCGACCUCCCACCCUCAUCCUCAUCACCACCUCCUACAGGGAACACCCCUCAGCCUGCUGAGGCCCGCCCCAGGUCCCAUCCGCACCACGCAUGGGCCAAUUCUUUUCACUCCUUACUGAGGGUGAGAGAAUGAGGAUGUAUCAGGAAGAAGCACACUGUGAAGUGGAGGUCUGCAACCAUGUGCCAUCAAGAGCCAGUUGGUGUGGCUCCAGCUGCUGUUUCAUUAAAAUAAAAACAGUGAACAUAAAUAUGACUCUUCAUGGUGCAUAGUGAUGUUGCAGACCACUGCUGUUAUGUUAACAGGGAGAACCAGAGAUAACUGACACAUCUCAGACACUUCAGAGACUGUAUGUUUCCCUCCUCCCCGGUUUCCCCUCAUCACUCGACUAUCUGGCAAUCACCAAGUACACUCUGCAGAUAGUUUGAAGAGGAUCUUAAAAACAAGUUUCAAUCAAGCAUGGACGCCUUUGAGCAUCUUCCAAUCUGCAACCGACUGAUUAUCUUCAUCUAACUUAUGAUCCACUGUAUCUGACUCAAAACCCUACCUCUCUUACGUCUUUAAUGUUCAUCUUUGCAAGGAUUCAUUACAUAUCUAAAGCAUCAAUGUUAUC